AUGCUUCCCCUGGAAGUGGCCAGCUUUGCGCCUUCAAGGCUUUCUCUGGCCGCUCCACAUGUUUCCAGCAAGUUACGUUUGCGUUCUUCCACUCUACCAGAGGAUCUCUCGGUAGUGGAAUCACCACCACCGCCAGUGGAGUCUACGGCAUCAUCCUUCUCCAAUGCCACAGUGGAAGCAGCACUGCCCUUGGCUCCCCCCGAAGACAAAUUGUCUCUGUGGAAACGACGAUUGAUUACCAGUGAAGAUCCCUUGAGCAUUCACAAAUGGUCGUCCAUUGUCUAUUCGGCGUCGGCACUGGUCCUUUUGACCACGGGAGCUGUCGAUUAUUUGUCGUCGCCCGAAACCUUUACCGUGGUCCCAUCAACCUUGAUGAUCCCCGCGUAUACCUUUGCCAUUUCCAAUCUGGUCAUGUGCAUGGCAUCGGUUCGCAUGGCAUUUCUUCAUCGACGCUUUGAUUUGACGGCCCGCAAUGCCUUUUUGGGAACGGCCGUAUCGUCGUUGUUUUCGGGAUUUUACUUUUUGUGGACGUUACUCAAUACCGGAUUCAUCCUGGAUACCCUACUGCAAAUCGACGAGGUCGUGGAAGGACGACGAGAUCGCAAAUCAGGCGAGGACGACUACCAAGGACGGUACAUUGUCGAUGCAUUGGGCUAUGUCUUGCCCAUUGCCUGGGGAUUGCCCUUUAUUCUAGGCACGGCCUAUGUCGAUGCGGUUCUGUACGAUCGACCUUGGUUCUUUGAACAAUGUCAAUAUAUUGAUCAAAUGAGAGGAUUUCCCGGUAUACAGCCACAAUUGUGUUAUCUACAAGUCGCGGCCAGCUUGGCCGCCAGCUAUGGAUCGCUCUUUGUCACCUUGCGAGACAAGAAACUCAUUACCAAAAAUCAAGAAUUGGCAGGAAUCACACUCUUUUCCGUGCCAACCUUGAUUUGGGCUAUUUACGUGACAGCAGUCUUUUUCCGUUACCUCGAGUGGUAG